CAGUGGAAUGGAACCAUUCUUAUGCUUCCUCCAAAUUGUUAUGCUUGUUGUUUUGAUACUACUGCAUCAUAAUCAUCAAACAUGUGAUGCAAAAACUACUAAUAGUAAUAACCAGAAAAAUUGUACACCUUCUUCAUGUGGUAAAAUCACAAACAUAAAAUAUCCGUUUCGACUUAAGGAUGAUCCAACAGCCUGUGGUGAUCCGAGAUACGAGUUAUCCUGCGAAAACAACAUCACAACAUUAGCUCUGCUUUCGGGUAAAUACUAUGUCAAAUCAAUCGACUACAAAAACUACACAAUUCGGUUAGUUGAUCCUGGAAUUAAAGAGUCUAAUUGCUCCUCCAUUCCUCGCUAUUACUUAUAUGCUUCAAAUUUUACCGACGCUUACAAUUAUAGCUACAAGGAGGGUGCAUAUCAAACCUCACAGUACAGAUUUCUUUCUAAGAAGACUGAUGAUCCUUCUCCUACUUUGUCAAGACCAAUGUUCCAGCAUGUAAUAUAUAUGAAUUGUAGCAAUCAUAUACGAGAUGAUGAUCCUGUGUAUGUGGAUACAGCUUCUUGCAUCAAUGGUGGACAUAUAUAUGCCAUUCCUGGGGAUGUGAAAGUUGGAAAUUUGACGGAUGAUGACUGUCGCGUGGAGGUUAUUACCGCGAUAUCUUAUUUCGGUUAUAAUUACAGCUCUGAGGAUUGGGAUAUUCCGAAUGAAAAGUAUUCCUACAGUGAAAUUCAUAGGAUGUUGGUGGGUGGAUUUGAGGUAUCUUGGAUGAGUGCUCCUUGUCAAGAUCUUUGUGGAGAACCAGAUUGUUACUGGAGUGAAAUAACUUCGAGUCUUCGAUGCGACUCUGAACCUUGUAAAACUACAAUGCGAUUUACAGUUGCUUGUGGACCUCAAUUUUGGCCGCGAAUGUUUGUCGAAGGCAUUUUGUACGGAAUUGCUAAAGGACUGCUACAAACAAUAGGUGUGGCAGUAGAAGGUGGAUCUUAUGGUAUUUCUGAAUCUAAACUUGGGAUUGACAUAGGAAGAAUCAUUGGAAUGUAUAUUUUGCCAUUAUUCAUUAUAGUGAGAUCGGCGUUGGGUCUCAUAGUUUUCUUUACAAAAUUGAUACAUAUAUAUCGAACAAGGCAUACAUCGAUGUAUGAAAACAUCGAAGACUUUCUUCAAGGAAAUUCCCUUAUUCCUAUAAGAUAUUCAUACAAAGAGAUAAAGAAGAUGACUAGAGAUUUUAAGGACAAAUUGGGUGAAGGAGGAUAUGGUAAGGUUUAUAAGGGAAUGCUUCGCAGUGGCCCUUUGGUAGCCAUAAAGAUGUUGGGAAAAGUUAAGGGUAAUGGAAAUGGGGAAGAUUUUAUUAGUGAAGUUGCAACUAUAGGAAGAAUACAUCACACCAAUGUAGUUCGACUUAUUGGAUUUUGUGUCGAGGGUUCAAAACGUGCUCUUGUUUAUGAUUUCAUGCCCAAUGGCUCUCUUGAUAAGUAUAUUUCUUCUACAGAAGAACAUAUUUUCUUAACUUAUAAGCAAAUGUAUGAGAUAUCUCUUGGAGUGGCUCGCGGAAUUGCUUAUUUGCAUCAAGGUUGUGACAUGCAAAUUUUACAUUUUGAUAUCAAGCCCCAUAACAUACUUCUUGACGAGGAUUUCAUCGCCAAAGUUUCAGACUUUGGUCUUGCAAAACUUUAUCCUGUUGACAAUAGCAUUGUAACUUUGACUGGUGUAAGAGGAACAUUUGGUUACAUGGCUCCAGAAUUGUUCUACAAAAAUAUUGGAAAAGUUUCUUAUAAGGCUGAUGUAUAUAGUUUUGGAAUGCUCUUGAUGGAAAUAGCAAACAGAAGAAGAAAUUUGAACACAAAUGCAGAUGAUUCAAACCAAAUUUUCUUUCCCUAUUGGAUUUACAAUGAACUGAUUGAAGAAAGGGAGAUAGAAAUAUUGGGAGAAGCUACGGACGACGAAAAGAAAAAUGUGAAGAAGAUGUUCAUAAUUGCUCUAUGGUGUAUACAAUUGAACCCCAAUGAUCGUCCUUCGAUGGACAGAGUAAUAGAGAUGCUUGAAGGAGAAGCCGAAAACAUUGAAAUUCCUCCAAAACCUCCGAGUCCAACUGAAAUUAUCCAAGAUAUAUAAUAGUAGCUCUAGUGAAUCUAUGUCGAGUGAUAAUGUAACCGGCUCAAAUAGUUUUUCUUGCUAAAACUAUAGAAGAUUCUUUACUAUAUAUUACUAAACUACUAAUGUUAAUAGUUACUAGUGAUUUGGGCUCAAUUUCUAAUUCAAUCCUUAGUAGAUUUGGAGAAAUCAGUCUCUAUAGGCAAA